CAAGGCACCAAAAUAGCUUGUGGGUUGCCAGAUAAAAGAGAACACCGCGCGCAUAGUCUUAUAGGCGGGGUCCUACAGGUACAUGGCGUCUUAGGUUAGGCUAUAAAGGUGCAUGAUAUCCAAUUUUAUCAUAAUUCCGCACUUGUGCGAAUCACCUUUAAAGUCAAGUACUUUGGAGUUUAAUCCAGCUCCGCUUAUUUAAAAUGACGAGAAACCUAUUUUGUGCGGUAGCGGUUACCAUGCUGGGUGUUUUAAACGCCCAGAAAGAUGUGAUGACGAAUUCAACGUAUCCUCUCCCAACGCAGAAAGUUAACAACUACAUUGGCGCCGAUGGCUUAGCGGCUUGGAUAAAAAGCUGGCUGGGCGUACUAAGCCAAGAGAUAUACACUGCCAGAAUCAAGGAUGAAAACCUUACUGCUGAAGUUGAAGAGCUACAGCGAUCUGAUAACAGCUUCAAUAAAACUCUACAUGACGUUCAACAGAAAGUAAACAAUGGGAUACAAUCCGUCGCCUCUACCCAAGCAGAAAAGGUGGCGCUAACUAACCAGGUAGCAACACUGAAGCAGCAGCUGCAACAGCUGAAGGAUUCCUCACAAAAAGAGAGGGCACUGCUGAGGAGCGAAAUGCAGAGCCUUGAGCUGCAAUUACAGCAGCAGCUCAAGUUGGUGCAACAAACAUCCAAUAGUCUGAAUCAAAUGCUUGUAGUGCCCAUACGUUUGGUGAAUGGUGGAUCUCCGCUUCAGGGCAGAUUGGAGGUUUUCUUCAACGGUGAAUGGGGAACUGUCUGCGAUGACAUGUUUGACGUCAAUGAUGCUAAGGUUGUGUGCAGGCAACUAGGGUAUAAUGGCAACAUCAUACGCGUGCAACGAUUCGGAUCAGGUACCGGUAAAAUAUGGAUUGAUGAUUUACAAUGCGCUGGGAACGAAAAUCACAUUAGGUUCUGUAAGCACAAUGGUUGGGGCAUAGAGAACUGCAGUCACAGAAAAGAUAUUGGCGUGGCAUGCACUGAUUUGGGAUCCGGGCCCAUACCCAAUCGAGGCAAAUAAACUGAAUGUUUACACAUCAUUCAAGGGAGACCAACUACUGGUACAGCAAAAAUGUUGUGGGGAGAAGGGAAGAAUGAGAAACACAAUAUUUUUGUUUUAAUGUUAGUCACUAAGAUAUUUUAAGAAUUUAAAAUACUGUGCACUUUCCGGUGAGUGUUUAAAUUUUAAAUCUUAUUUGUACUGUAAAAAGUAAAAAGAUAUUAAAAACUGUACUCCUUAUA